AUGGUCAAGCUCGCUCUGUGGAUGCCCUUGCUCUCGCUUGCAGCCUUCGCUGUGACAAGUCCCGUCCAGAGCUCCCCUGACGGAAGAGACUUGAGGUCAACAGACAGCCACGCUGAGAGCCUUUCCGACAAGAAAGCGUUCAUCAAGUCCAUCGCUUCAAAGGGCUUCGCCUUUGCCUCCGGUAAAGCCGUCCAAGUCAUCGACUCUUUCCCUCAAGAAGUCACCGACCGCGUCUACGCCGACCUCGAAAAAUUAGUCAUCGCACGCUUCGUCGAAGAUGGCACCGACAACAGUAACCAUGCGAACGGCAUGGUUGAAUUUGAGGUUGGAGACUUGAGGUCACUAGACAGCGGCGCUAAGAGCAGUCCCAACAAGAAAGCGGUCAUCAAGUCCGUCGUUUCACAUGAAAUCAACAAGGUCGCCAGUCGAGUCAUCAAAUUCGUUGAUGAUGCACAAGAACCCCUUCAACUUGUCGUCAUCGACCUUGUCUAUGUCGUCCUCAAACACGUCGACACAUUGGAUGAAAUGGGAAAUGCUCCUACGAAAGGCGAUUCCACUCAAGCCCCUCCGUUCGAAACAUUCAACAGUGCCACGGAGUUGAUCAAACAAAUGAUCGCAAGCAACUUCGGGAUCGACUUGACACAGACGUUCCACGGAGCCAUCCCUGAGGACGUCAUGGAGAAGUCCUUUGCAGACUCCAACGACAACAACGACACCCGCGAAGUUGAAAUCACCGCAACGGAAGCCCACUCUUCAUCCUUGGUGGAGGAAUGUCCGCCCGGGUACAAGCUGCAUGACUCCUGCGCCCAACUCCUACUCCUCGCGAGCAAACACACAUAUGCUUUGAAAACCAUAAAACCAAGCUGCAAUGGUUCGUCGACGUUCCCCCAAACCCUUCAGAACCCCUUACCGGAAAGACUAACCCGUCCGCCCUCUCCCAACCAGAACAAGGACGCAAGCCAUACGUACGUGCACAUGCACCGCGCGCGCGACGCCGACCUGUUUGAGGACUUUUGCAAGGACAGGCUGCCGGACGACGAGGUUCACGUGCCGCCGCAGCACCAGCCGAUCAAUCCGGAGGACGAGGACGACGUGGUGCCGGACCAGCACGCGGCCUUUGGCAUCACCAAGGCGACGCAGCGGCAGAAGGAGGCCGCGUGGAAGGAUCUCGGGCUGUCGGGCUUGAUGAACCGCGGGCCGCCGAUCGUGAAGGGCAAGGGUGCUGCGGGCGGUAGUCGGAUGCCGCGGUGA